CAACCCGAGGUUUCCUUUCUUCUCCUCUAUUCCACUUCCCGCCGGCGGUUCAAGGACAGAGGAGCAGAGCGGCGUCGGGCUAUUUAUCGCUGCCUGCUCAUUAUCGCUGCCGCUCAGCUCUUCACGGCAGCUUUUGCAGACACUCGAUCACUAAAUUUUUAUCCAGCCUCCGGGAAGGGUAACUGGAUGCUGGUUUCGCUCCUCUGGAAAUUGCACUCCGCUUCACGCCGGCGCGCUUUCUCAUCGCUUCCUUUCGCCCGAAUCGCCAUGGCUACUUCCGGGGGGCAUCCUAAAGAUGAAGUGUACCUUGGUGCAGUGAUUCCCAAGCGCAUCCAGCUCUUCCAGGCGAUCCAGUCGCAGCAGAAGUCCCAUCUCGAUUCCCUCCCUCAUGACCUUAUCAGGGUUACUUUGCCGGAUGGGACAGUGAAGGAAGGUAAGAGAUGGUCAUCGAGUCCGCUGGACAUUGCAAAGGAGAUUUCCAAGAGUUUGGCAUCUAAUGCGUUGAUCUCUCAAGUUAAUGGAGUGUUGUGGGAUAUGAAGAGGCCAUUGGAAGGCGAUUGCGAGUUGAAAUUGUUUACUUUCGAUAGCGAUGAAGGGCGUGAUACUUUUUGGCACUCUAGCGCCCACAUUCUUGGCGAGUCACUGGAACAAACAUAUGGUUGCAAGCUUUGCAUUGGACCUUGCACCACCAGAGGGGAGGGAUUCUACUAUGAUGCGUUCUAUGGGGAAUUAGGUUUGAAUGAUGAACACUUCAAGCAAAUUGAAGCUGCAGCCUCAAAAGCUGUCAAGGAAGGACAAGAUUUUGAGCGCAUUGAAGUUACCAGGGAUGAGGCCCUUGAGAUUUUCUCUGAUAACAACUUUAAGGUUGAAAUCAUAAACGACCUGCCUUCAGACAAAACUAUUACUGUGUACAGAUGUGGUCCGCUGGUGGAUCUGUGCCGUGGUCCCCAUAUCCCAAACACAUCCUUUGUAAAGGCAUUUGCAUGCUUGAAGGCUUCUUCUGCCUACUGGAGGGGGAACAAAGACCGUGAAAGUUUGCAGAGGGUCUAUGGAAUAUCAUACCCUGACCAGAAGCGUCUGAAGGAGUAUCUUAAAAACCUGGAAGAAGCAAAGAAGUAUGACCACAGAUUGUUGGGGACAAAGCAGGAACUUUUCUUUUGUCAUCCAUUGAGCCCUGGAAGUUGGUUCUUCCUUCCUCACGGGACACGGAUUUACAACAAGCUAAUGGGGUUCAUAAAAUCUCAAUAUAUCCAGAGGGGUUAUGAGGAGGUCAAAACCCCAAAUAUGUAUAACAUGAAACUCUGGGAGACAUCUGGGCAUGCUGCAAAUUACAGGGAUAACAUGUUUCUGCUUAAUAUUGAAAAGCAAGAAUUUGGGCUGAAACCAAUGAAUUGUCCUGGGCAUUGUUUGAUGUUCCAGUAUAGAGUUCGCUCUUACAGAGAACUUCCUAUUCGUAUGGCAGAUUUUGGUGCCCUGCAUCGCAACGAGGCCAGUGGUGCACUCACAGGGUUAACUCGCGUUCGUAGGUUUCAGCAGGAUGAUGCUCAUAUCUUCUGCAGAGAGGACCAGAUAAAAGACGAAGUGAGAGGUGUUUUGGACUUCAUUGAUUAUGCAUAUAAAAUAUUUGGAUUCACUUAUGAGCUGAAGCUCUCUACGAGGCCGGAGCAAUAUCUAGGGGAGGUGGAAACAUGGGAUAAAGCUGAGGCUGCUCUGACAGAAGCAUUGAAUGAAUUUGGGAAGGCGUGGCAGAUAAAUGAAGGGGAUGGUGCUUUUUAUGGUCCUAAGAUAGAUAUCAGUGUAUCUGAUGCAUUGAACAGGAAAUUCCAGUGUGCCACAUUGCAGCUUGACUUCCAGCUUCCAGAUCGUUUCAAGUUGGAGUUCUCUGCUGAGGAUGAAACCAAGUUAGAAAGGCCAGUGAUGAUACAUAGAGCAAUCCUGGGAUCUGUGGAACGUAUGUUUGCUAUACUAUUGGAGCAUUACAAGGGGAAGUGGCCUUUCUGGCUUAGCCCACGUCAAGCAAUUGUCUGUCCUGUGUCUGCCAAAUCAGUGGACUAUGCAAAACAAGUACGAGAUAGGAUUCAUCAAGCUGGAUAUUAUGCGGAUGCUGAUAUAACAGACAGGAAGAUCCAGAAAAAGGUAAGAGAGGCCCAAAUAGCACAGUACAACUACAUUUUAGUUGUCGGCGAAGAGGAAGCCAACACAGGCCAGGUGAGUGUGCGGGUCAGAGACAUUGCGGAUCACUCUGUUAUGAGCAUAGAGAGCUUGCUCCAACACUUUGCCGACGAAACUGCUGCAUUCCAUUAGCGGCUCUACUCCAAAGACCACAAGCUUGCUUAUGUUGUUAGAGAUCGACUUGCGCAGGUUCUGCCUUCUAAGGUUAUUUACCAUUUGCCUGCCUCAUUUUGAUAGUGUAGCAACGAACAGGAGGGUUGCUUGGGGUGAGUGAUGAAACAAAUGAUACAGGGAAGUUUCUUGACUGGUGUCUUUUGAAUGCUGUAGUUCAGCUGAACUCUUUUUUUUUUUUCAGCAGAACAACUGGUUUGUAAAUUUCCUAUCACUUGCUUCUGUUAAAGUUGGUUUGUGACGUUUACAAACUGGUUUGGAAUCGCUUACAAUACAACGAUAGAGGAUGCACGAUUGGCGCGAUUCGGGUACAUCAACCGUGUUUUAAUACAUGUCAUAUAGACAUAUACUAUGUUGAUAUUGUGGAGACGAAAAGGGAACAAUGAGAUGAUGGGAUAGGGUGAUGAUGUGGGGGGAGUAAGGGAUAGUGUGCAUAUUUCCAUAUUGCCAACCAAUAAAACACUAACUACAGUGGCAAGCAAUGAGUCGAGUCAUUAUGUAAUGGAGGUGGAUACAAUUGUCACCCAUUCUUGUGAAUGGGAAUCUUGGCCGCUGCCGUGGUACGAACCGGCCGACAAGCCAUGAUGAUGAUGAGGCAAUGAAAGAAGAAAAGAAAAAGAAAAAAUGAGCAAAACUUGUGAAAGAGAAGAAAAACUGGGCAGGGGAAAAAGGGGAAGAGAGGAAAUUAAGUCGUCGAUCAAUAAUGGGGGGAAAAAAAAGAAGGAGGCAUCAUUGAACGUGCGAGCAAAAACGUUGUUCUGGACGCGGAAACGGUACUACUCGACGUUAAUACACACGUCAUGCUCUGUUCUAUGAUAUAAUCUCUAUCCCAGUAAACCCUUUCCUUGCGUGAUUAAGACCUUUUAAUAAAAAGUGUUGAAUGAUCAAAGAUAAUAUAUAUAGUAGUUAAAAGAAAGGCCCUUUUUUCUUGUUUGGGAAAGAAAGUGAAAAGAAGCAGAU